GGACAUGGGACUCCUCCUGCCAGAUUCCAGAUGGUUCAUUACAACUGACAUCUUGGUUGACAACUGUGAAAAGAAACUUUGGAUUAUUUUAUUUUAUUUUUGUGGGAGACCACAAUCCCCAAACUGUAGAACAGAUCAGGCUCCAUAUUUCUUGUAGAAUUUUAAAAUAAUCUUUUCUAAUGAGGAUGUCUGAUAUUGUUACGGUGAAAGAUGAAACUGAUGCAAUGAAAGGUCCAGAAGCGGAAUUUAAAGAUACAGACCCAGUUGAAAACCUUAUAAAAUCAGAAAGUCAGGAGCAAAUUCAAGCAGAUAAGGAUGAAAACUGUCCUGACAGCAAAAACGAUAUGCUGCGACCAGUGCAGUCUUUUGGACAGACAGCAAAAAGGUCAAAGUCAAACACAAAGUUAAAGUUAGUUCGGAGCCUUGCUGUAUGUGAAGAAUAUCCACCACCUCCCACAGCUGAAAUAUCACAGGACCUCCAGGAGAAAAUCCAAAUCCAGUUAUCACAGUCUUUUGAGAAAGAAGAAAAGCCCACGAAAGAUGAAACAGAAGAGGAAAAGUCAAGUGAUAAACUGCCCAGAAAAAUGUUAUCAAGAGAUUCCAGCCAAGAAUACACAGAUUCCACGGGCAUAGAUCUUCAUGAAUUUUUAGUCAAUACAUUAAAAAACAAUCCCAGGGACAGAAUGAUGCUGCUGAAAUUAGAACAGGAAAUUUUAGAUUUCAUUGGUAAUAAUGAAGUUCCAAGAAAAAAGUUUCCCCCAAUGACAUCUUACCAUAGAAUGCUGUUGCACAGGGUAGCUGCUUACUUUGGAUUAGAGCACAACGUGGACCAGAGCGGGAAGUCAGUCAUAGUAAAUAAAACUAGCAAUACAAGAAUACCUGACCAAAAGUUUUGUGAGCAUAUAAAGGAUGAGAAGAGUGAUGAUUUUCAGAAACGGUACAUCCUUAAAAGAGAUAACUCUAGUUUAGACAAAGAUGACAACCAGAUGAGAAUACGAUUAAAAGAUGACAGAAGAAGUAAAUCCAUAGAAGAACGUGAAGAAGAAUAUCAGAGAGCUAGAGAGAGAAUAUUUGCACAAGAUUCCCUGUGUUCCCAAGAGAAUUAUCUUAUUGAGAAAAGAAUCCAGGAGGAAGAAACUAAUAGUACACAACAAAGACGGCAGAUAUUUAGAAUCAAUAAGGAAGCAUCAGGGAGAUCAGCCAACAGCCAUCAGAGCAGUACUGAGAAUGAGCUGAAGUAUUGUGAACCCCGUCCCUGGAGCAGCACCGACUCUGAUAGCUCCAUCCGCAAUCUGAAGCCAGCUGUAACGAAAGCCAGCAGCUUCAGUGGGAUAUCAGUUCUGACAAGAGGAGAUAGCUCUGGAAGCAGCAAAAGCACAGGCAGGCUGUCUAAGACAGGUUCAGAGUCUUCUAGUAGUGUAGGGUCAUCCACGGGUUCUCUUUCUCACACCCAGCAGCCUCUUCCGGUGCCAGCUCUAAGCCAGCCUUCUCAUGGCACGCCUGCCGUCUAUCCAACUGUCAGCACUAGUAACUCUCUUUCCUUUGAUGGUGGCAUAAGUGGGCAAGUGGCACCUACUAGCACUAGCUUCUUUUUGCUUCCCUUGGAAGCGGCAGGCAUACCGCCUGGCAGUAUUCUGAUCAACCCUCAAACAGGUCAGCCGUUCCUUAAUCCAGAUGGCACUCCAGUUGUGUACAAUCCACCAAUGCCUCAGCAACCUGUUAGGACCCAAGUGCCUGGACCUCUGCAACAGCCGCCUCUUCCUCUCCCACCUCAGCAACAGCCAGCAACUAAUCACAUCCUGUCACAGCCUAUCCGGCCCCUGCAGCCUUCUUCACAGCCUGUUCAGUACUCCGCAGUCUCUUAUCCACCCCCGCUCCUGCCAGUCUCCUCUACCCAGCAAUACUCUGUGCAAGACAACCUAGGAUCACAAUUUAGCCAUAUGAGUCUUGCCCGCCAGCCAUCUGCUGAUCUAGCUGAACCUCACACCACUAUGUUCCAGUCCACUGUAGUCCUCCAGCCCCAGCAGCAGUCUGGUUAUAUCAUUGCAGCGGCUCCACCAUCUUCUGGCCAACCAGUUUCUACUCCAGGCUACUCUACACCUGGCCACCCAGUCAACCAGCAGGUACUCCAGCAGCAGGGAUAUAUGCAGCAACCUGUGCCACAGAUGCCAGCUUGUUAUUGUACCCCCAGUCAGUAUUCACACUCCAAUCAGCAAUAUCGACCCGUUACUUCUGUCCAUUAUAAUGCGCAGCAGAACCAACCAUUGGCACAGCCUGGACAGCAGACAGGUUACCAAGUUUUGCCUAACCAGCAACAAAACUACCAGGGUUUAGUUGGAGUUCAGCAGUCUCAGAAUCAAAAUCUAGUCAGUGGCCAACACAACAACAUUGGGAAUCAAAUUCAAGGUGUGAUUGUUCCAUAUCCUUCAGUGCCAUCUUAUCAGGUUUCCAUGCCUCAAGGUUCCCAAGCAGUGCCCCAGCAGACAUAUCAGCAGCCUGUUUUAAUUCCCAGUCAGUCAAAUCAAGGAUUGCCAGCAACAGGAAUGCCGGUUUACUACAGCGUCAUUCCAUCAAGUCAGCAGAAUAAUUUAAGUUCAUCAGUAGGAUAUUUGCAGCCUCCUGGAUCAGAGCAGAUACAGUUUCCUAGAACAUCAUCACCAUGCAACUCACAGCAGCUUCAAGGACAGCAAUGUGCAGUUUAUAACAACCAUUCAAGUCAGAAGCCAUCACCUCCUACAUUAUUACCACCUUCAUCAAAAUCAAAGCCACAACAGGCUGCUUCCAUUGUGCACUACAGCAUAGUGUCUUCAUCCUCAUCCUGUAAAAGUUCGCCCACUGGUCUUUCCAUCAUGCAGCCAAUAAAAGCAGUAGCACCACCACCAGGUGGAGGAGUAGUAAUGAUGCAACUAAAUAUACCUAACAAUCCCCAGCCUCGGAACCAUUCACCUCCACAGUGGAAACACAAUAAAUAUUACUGUGAUCAUCAAAGGGGGCAGAAGUCCACAGAAUUUAGCACUUUAGACAGUGCCACACAGUUGCAGCAUAGUCCUCAACUAGGUAGUCCUGUCACCUCACCGGCCCAAUCACCAGCACCAGCUCAGCUAUCGAAUAUGAAGAACAUCCGUCCCACUUUAACACCUCUUUCUAUUGUGCCCCAGUUUUCUAGACCUUUUGUCCCUGGACAAGGAGAUGCCAGGUACCCAUUGCUUGGCCAGCCCCUGCAAUACAAUCCAACAUCUUUAUUACGUGGACAAGUAACAAGCCAACAGUCUCAGCCUGGAAACAAACAUGGAAACAGGGGAAAGAAGCCAGCAAAGAAGGCUGCUUCAGCAGAUCUUGGUGCUGGAGAACCAGGUAUACAAUUGCUGAUUGACCCAGUCCUCCAACAGAAUGGAUUAAUCAGAAAAGAGCAGAGACAGCUGACAUUUGUGGGAAAAGUUUUAGAAAUUACUGAACUACCGGAAGGAAUAACUCGUAUGGAAGCAGAAAAACUAUUUGGAGAACUUUUUAAAGUUGGUGCCAAGAUUCGGUGGCUAAGGGAUUCCCAGUGUCUACAAACACAGCAGCAGCACCAUCGCCGUCACUGUGGCAGUGGAGAUAGUAAUGUGAACACUGAGCCAUCCAAACCUAGUGACUUGGCCUCCACUUACACGGUUCUAGCUACGUUCCCUACAAUGACAGCUGCUCAAAAUGCAUUGAAGAAACAAAGUAGUACCUCAGUUACCAAGUUCAGGCUGAGAACAAGCAAGAAGCACUACGACUUUCACAUUCUGGAAAGGGCUAGUUCUCAGUAGCAGUUACAUCAGUGGACACUCAGCCUUUACUACUUCCAUGUCCUUCUCUCUUUGAUUGGCUUGAUGUUAUGGGGUUUCUGUUCUCUUCAUAGAGACUCCUGGGAUGUUUUGUCAUAUUAGCCAUUGAAGAAUAACCCAGUGAUCCAGCAAGAUGAAGAAAAAAUAAAAAAAACAGAGUUAAUCCCAGACAAUAGCAAGCAAUCAUCUUUGAUGAGACAGAAAGGCAGCUUUCUAUAAGGAAUGCUGUUAAAAUGCACCCUACUUUUAUAGUAGUUUUGUUUUAUAUUUCUGAAUUCUUGUAUCAGAUCCAAAGUUCUAUUGUACAGCAAACGUUCGUAACAAAUACCCAUGUUCAGAUUUGUAUUUUAUAAUCCCUUUUCACUGCCAGCACACAGCUAUCUGUUCCAAGGCAGGAACCUGGGGGAGCAGGGGGGGAAAGAGAACCAUUUUCAAGGAAUUACACUCUGUUUUCUAAGAAACUACCCCAAAUCUUCAAGUUAACCUGUUCCUCUUCCCUUGUGUGUGUGUUUUGUUUUUUUUAACAAUGUAAUUUUAGUAACUAGUUAACUCCUUAGAUGUCAUUUUCUUUUGAGAUUCAUUCAAGCAAUGUCAAAAGAAAUUACACGUAUGUGUGUACCUUUGAAGGAUUUGCUUCUGAUCCAACAAGUUUAAUAAGUAUAUAAAGGGGAAUAUGAAUACGUUACAAAAAAUGUUCACGGAAUCACAUUUUAAUAUUUGUUCUUUUUAGCAAAAGUGUGAAGAAACUAAAUUGUAUCUUCACAAGCGACAAAAUGUUUGCACUUUAAUUGUGUUCCCACCAGUAUGGAUCUUUCUCUUUUUCACGCUAAGAUAAUUGUGUUUGAUAACUGCUGGAACCCUCUUUAAUGGUUUAAGUUUUCAUCAUUUGCAGAGGAUCACUGGACAUCAAAAGAUUCAUUGCACAUACAAAUGAGACAAGAAACCUUUUUUCAAUUUCUGUGUAAUUUGCAAGGCUGUACAAUGUGUGCUGAUGCAAGCCUUUUUCAGUUCAAGAAAAUAAAUGUUUACAAACACAAA